UAGUGUCCACGCUUGUGACCCUGGGGCGGCACUGCUGUGGCCUUGGGGACAGUCCGAUCGUCCACCCGCGUGGGUCUGGUCGCGCGGCUGAGCCCCUGGUGUCCUCCGCAGUGUGGAGAGAUGCCAAAGCUGCAGGGCUUCGAGUUCUGGAGCUGCACCCUGGGGGGGGCCCGCCACGUGGUGGCCCCCAUGGUGGACCAGAGCGAGCUGGCCUGGAGGCUGCUGAGUCGCCGCCAUGGGGCCCAGCUCUGCUACACCCCCAUGCUGCACGCCCAGGUCUUCGUCCGCGAUGCCAACUACCGGAAGGAGAACCUGUACUGUGAGGUGUGCCCCGAGGACCGGCCCCUCAUUGUGCAGUUCUGUGCCAACGACCCAGAGGUGUUUGUCCAGGCGGCACUCCUGGCUCAGGACUACUGUGAUGCCAUCGACCUGAACUUGGGUUGCCCACAGAUGAUAGCCAAGCGGGGUGAGUUCAGAUCCAGUGGUGUCCAGCAGCCGUAGUCAUUUCGGACCAGGGCAAGGCUCCUGGUGGGGACAGGCCCCUCACGUACCCAAGUGCCUGGGAAGUCGUUGGGCUCCUGGAU